AUGGCUUCAGACACUGCGCCUUCGCGCGCUCAGAGCUUGUCUACGCUGCUUGAUAAUCUCAAAUCAUGUCUCACUAGCGCUGCUUCCUCUUUGCCAGCUCCCCGCAAGGAAGCCCCCUCCGACAUCUCGAUUGAGCCUCCGCAAGACGGCAUCUCGCUCCUCGAUACCAAGAGCGAAAUUCUCCUUUCCUACCUCCACAACCUCGUUUUCUUGAUCAUUUUCCAAUUGCGAAACGCUUCGUCAAAGCAGGACCUCAAGGACUCCGAAGAUGUCGCGGAUGCCCCCAUCCGAGAGGAGGCCGUGAAAAAGCUAGUCGAGCUCCGAGUCUUCCUCGAUCGCGGUGUGCGUCCGCUGGAGGGCCGUCUGAAGUAUCAGGUCGACAAAGUGGUGAAGGCGGCAGAGGAUGCGGAACGUACGGAACGUCCUGGCCGGUCGCGCAAGUCCAAGAAAUCCCGCAAGGGCAGCCAUGGUAGUGACCACGGAUCAUCGGACGAGGACGAUACAAGCGGCAGUGAUGAGGAGGAGGAGGAUAUGGAUGAGAUGGCUUACCGACCCAAUGUGGCUGCAUUCUCCAAGGCCAAGCCGGAGGAGAACAAGUCUCAGGCCAAAUCAGUCACCGAAGAGCCGAGUGAUGGUAUCUACCGCCCGCCGAAGAUCAUGCCGACUGCCCUCCCCUCGACUGAUCGCCGUGAAAGAGAGGAUCGUCGCCCCCGCCGGUCCAAUGUCAUCGACGAGUUCGUCAACGCCGAGAUGUCGUCCGCGCCCAUGGCCGAACCCAGCAUUGGUAGUACCAUCAUCGCCGGUGGUCGACAGACCAAGUCUAAGAAAGACCGGGAGCAUGAAGCUGACCGGACCCGAUACGAAGAAACCAACUUUGUCCGUCUGCCCAAGGAGACCAAGAAGGAGAAAGCUAAGCGCGGCGGUGGCCGGGACGCUACAUUUGGUGGAGACGAAUGGAAGGGCCUUACCGAGGGUGCUGAUCGCAUUGAGCGUCUUACUCGACGUGGCAAGAGCGGCGGCGCCGCUCUGGAGAAGAGUCGGAAGAGAAAGAAUGAUGAUGGGCAGCGCGGUGAUGGCGUGGGCAUGGGCGAGAUCUUCGAUAAGCGCCGGAAGAAGAUUGAUAGUUGGAAGCGAUAA